GUAGGGUGGGGGUGGCGGUGGAGAAAUGAGCUUUGUCUAGUGCCAUCCUCCCUACAACCUCAGCAGAAAGGGGUGAUUAUCUUGACUUGGUGGAGGCGCAAAGUAAGGUGAAGAGAGGCAAAGUGGUUCCUCACCCAGGUCGCUUAGCCAGGCAAGAGUUGGAGCUGACAUUGAAAACUCAGAAUGCUCCGGGGAGCCCGGGCUAUGGGGAGAGCCUGCAAGGGUCCCGGGAGGGGAGGUCUGUGGGUGGGAGAGGGGCGCAGAGGGGUGCUCGCUCUGUACGCAGCACCUCGACCACACUAGAGGGCUGGGGACAGCUCCCCUGGGGACUCUGAUGUGCAACAGUUCUAGCCCCAGUGGAAUGGGGCGACUAUAAGGCCAGGUAACUAUUGAUACCAGCUGUGGGACCAAAGUCACAUCCCACUCCACUUCUUCCUUAGCUGUGUGACUGUGGACAAGUCACUUUACCUCUCUGAGCCUCUGUGUCCUCAUCCGCAAAACGGGGAUCAUAACAAAUCGAUCUUGUAGGAUUCUUGUGAGGCCAAAUAAAGUAAGAUGGGUAGAACAUGAAGCCCCGCUUCUGGGCAUCCCUCAAUCACCAUUAGUGAUGGUUAUUAACUGAGGAGGAAGAAGGAGCAGGUAGGGGAGGGGUCCUUCCCAAGCAAGGACCAGCUUGAACCUGUGGUGUUGAAGUGUGGAACUGACUAAACCAAGUGAAAACAUGACAGGGCUCUUCCACAACCCGGCAGGGAAGGUCAGUGGAGUGAGUGAAUAGCCCCCAUCACCAAAAAUAUACACAAAUAUUUUGCAUGUGAAAGUGAUUGAUGGACCUCGCUGCAAAUGCGCUUUCCCUAAAAGCCUCAGUGCCAAGCACACUGGGGGAAUUGCAUUUUCUCCAGGUGGCCAGCUACAGGACCCCAUGCGGCGAACCCUUUUGGAAAGUAAAUACUGUCACCCGCGCUCUUCAUGCCUCUUCUCCUGCACAGCUGGCACAUUACAUUUAUGUUCCUAAUUGGGGAGCGGAGAGCAUGGGGUUAACACCCUGAGAAACCCCAAAGUGCAUCAUUUGCAUUCUGGCAAAGAUGUGAUGUGAGCUGGCAGACAACCCCGUUCCGUUUUGGAAGCAGAAAGAGGGUGCUGGGCCAUGCAUUGGGCCUUUUCAAAGGCGAUGUGAGUGCGGGCUCCCAAGGACGGGCGUGCGGAUGCAGGCAACCAUUUUGUGGGUUUGCAUAAACCUGUGUGAGCAGAUCCACCCCCAGCGACUGCACUGGGCUCUGGCUUCGGGCUGGAUGUCAGGGUGUGAAGCGGUGAGCGGAAGACCUCCGUCAGAUCCCAGCUCCUCCGUCCCAGGCGGGCAGAGGAGGGUCAGGGGAGGCUCAUUCCAUGCACAAAUGAGGACAGUUGACAUUUUACCAGGAUCUGAACAAAUGUGCUAAUUGCGGGAGAGGUGCACGGGUCCACUCCCCGCUGGGAGUCCUGUUCAGUGAACAGUUUGCACGGAGACGUGGACGGGAUCAGCGUUUCCCAGCGGCUCCCGCUUUUCCCUUGGAUCGAUUGCCUGUGGGUUAAGAUAACUGUUCCUUCACAGCUUGUGAGCAAGACAAAAAACAACACUAGCCCUAGUCAGGUGAUUUACUAGAAAAAUCUGCCAGAUACCAGAAAAUUCAGGCUUUAAAAUUCUAAGCUGUUGCCGCUUGCCCAAACACAUUUGUCGGACCCAUUUGGCCCCCCGGGGCCACCAGUUUGAGAUCCUUGUGUUCUCACUGUGACCUUAUCGGUCCAGACUUUACCCUUGGUGCUUCAGUGUGGUCACCUAGAAAAUCUGCCAGAUCCCAAGCAUUUACUGUGUGCUGAGUUCUCCACUGAGUAGUUGACAUGGUCUCCCUUUUAAUCCUCACAGUAGCCCUAAAAGUAGAUUUUAUCACCUCUGUCUUAGACAGAGAGGUUAGGUGACUAGCCUGAACCCACACAGCAUCCGAGCUGUGAUUCUUGGCCAGUGCCAGCGCCUUGCCUUCUGCCCAGUCCGCCUGCCCAUCCCAGCUCACGACAGGUUAACCUCUGAAUACCUGGUCACGUCCCAAAUGGAAGCUGUUGGUGUUCAUGGGACUUAAGACUAUUUGAUCAAUGAAAAUUCCAUUUUCCCAAAUGAGUAGUUUAUUCUUGUUAAAUGGGAUUUCUCACUCGACAAAGAAGGGGGUGAGAUUCAUACUAUAAAGAUUCUUUUGAAACCUAAGUCGAUGAUUGCAGAACAGAUGCCUGGGCUAAGUGAGCAUUCGUUUGAGUGUUCUAAAAGGAAAAUCAGCUUUCUCUUAUGGGAAGUAUUUCAGGCCCUAGAAUCUGACCCUUAUCAACUCUAGAAAUACAGGCCUUCCUCAUAUUUUUGCAAACUAUUCUAAAACUGUCUCAACAUUAAAAAAAAAUUCCAACCAAACUCAUAUUCAGAGAACAAUAGCAUUUGUUGUUUUCCAUAUAUAAAAUUAUAAUACUGAAUGUGCUUUUGUAAGUGUCACCAGCCCCACAGCUUUGCAAAUCCUCUGGGAAGGGGCACCAUUAACCUCAUUCUCCUUCUAUGCUUGGGGAAGAGCUUUGUGGCUUGACUGUGUCACAUGUGUUUGGAUUGCAAACUCAGAGGCCACUGAGGACCAGGCAGGUGAAGGACAUGAGUAGAGAGGCUGGGGACAAAGUGACAGUGGCGGAGGGACUUGUAGCCUACUGGAAAGCACAUCCCCCCUCCUAUUCCCCAAAGUCAGAAAAUUCAGGCUGUAAAAUUCUAAGCUGUUGCUGCUCCACCGAACACGUUUGUCAGACCUGUUGGGCCGCCGGGCCACCAGUUUGAGAUCCUUGGAUUUUCUUAUUGUGACCUUGUUGGUCCAGACUUUAUCCUUGGGGCUUGGGGGUGGUCUUCUCGGCAAUGGGGCUGACAAGGGCUGAGAGCUGUGAGGAGGAAGGGGUCCAGGUGGGUGCUGGAGCCAGCUGUCCAGGGCGCUCUUCCGAGACUCGGAGCCCCUCUCCGCUCGGGCUGCCCCUCUGCCCUUGGCUCAUGGCAGACGCAUCGCCAUCCUGUUCAGCCUGCCCCUGCAGUGGUGUGCUUUUCUUUCCCCCAAAUCCCAGUUCUUAAAGGGCCUUUAUCCUGAUGCCCUUCAGAAUCCUUUAAACACAUCUUGAACAGGCGAGAUGGUCCUUUAGCUCCCUGGUUUUCUUACACGUGUGCCCUAAAAGACAAAGAACGGGGUAAGAGAAUGCCAGGUAGUCAUCUCGCCACUUGAAUUCCCUGCUCUGGAGUCAUCCUCUCUUGUUUGUUGAGCCUGGGGGCCUUACGGGGAGACCCCUGGAAUGGAAGUCCCCGAGGAGUUCCCCACACCAGCCAAAGAAAGGGAGGAAGGAAGAAGUGAUCUGGAACAGACCACCGGGGCCCGGAGACUGGGAACCCUGACCUGUUCCACUGUGGGGUCCUGCGGUGCUGGCACGGGCUGUGUUCUCAGCAGGGCCCGGAGCCCUCCAUGGAGGGCUGGGCUGAUGGGCUGGCCAUAGCAACCAAGGGCUCCAGUCAGGGGGAGACAUGCCUGAGGCCAGGGAUCCAGUCUCAGCUCCCCCACCACUCCUGACUUCUCCUGUCAGCCCCUGGCAAGACCCUUUGCCUGCAGACAGCCCCUCAGGCCCUGGUUGAACAGGAGCCUCCAAGGGCAUCAUCCUGCCCCUGGGGCUGGCUGUCCCCUGGGGAGCUCUAAUUAGAGCCCCAGCCCCUAGAUCUGGGGAAAGCUGCUCAGCCUGGCUCCCACGUGACCUCUUUUGGCUCUGGGCACCUGCUGGCCUUGCCCAGCACAACCGUGGGGACCAUUUAGCUUUUCAUGGAGCCAGGCCUCAAAGGGUACAGUGCCAGCACCCCCUCUUGGGUUUCUUAAAAAGAGCAGCAGGCGAAGGGCCACUCUGACCUACCCCAAACAAAAGUGGAUCUUGGGGGGGGCCUGCAGGCAUCCCUGCGGAGAUGGUGGGAUACAGGGGUCAUGAGCAUGGACACAGGAACCAAGUGCAGGGGGACAAGUCUUAGCCCCUCUCGUUCCUAGCUGGGAGACCUUUGGCAAGGUAUGCUUUAUCACGCUAUCAUGCUGUGCAUCAGUUUGCCCAUCUGUAGAAUGGGGGAGUAAGAAUAGCAAGUUAAUAUACGAAAAGCCUUUGGAGAGGCUCCUGGCGUGUCUGUGUGCUGGGCUCACUUCCUUCCCUCACUCUGAGCAAUUCUUUUCCUUCCUGCUUUGUGAAUGAAAACUUGGGUUGGUGUAGGUUGACUUUUUUGUUUUCUCUGUGGCAUCCAGAAAAAGAGGAACCUAACUCCUGUACAGGUGGUUCAUUUCACUUUGGAGAUGGCUAUUAAACCUCAGGUAGCUCUAAAGCUGAUUUUGUUCUCACUCUGGUGGUUGAAGAGGGGCCAGCCUCUGACCUCCUAACUUCCACUUUUGAAGGUGCCCUAAAAAUCAGACUUUGUGAUUCUCAAAGCUGCAGGCAGAGGGGACUGGCUUAAUUCUCAGUUUCCUUCUCUGUCCUGGUGCUGUGAGGCCAGGUGAACCACAGCUCCACAGUCACAUAUCCCUCCGGCACCCAUCAAGCCAGCGCACAUAGGUGCCAAGGCCAGAUCCAGAGGCUUCCAGAAUUUCGCACAGAUCCAUGGGUGGGAGACAUCCCAUGGACUUGAGUGAGAAGAUCCCAGCAGACUGUGAGCCAGGGGACCUGGGGUCAGUCCUGUGUGACCUUGGGCAGGUCAGUGAAGCUCUCUGAGCUUAAUGCCGUCAGCUGCCAAAUGGGGACUAACAGUCAUUUUCGCUUCAGUGAGUUGAGCGCUUGCAGAGCCUGGCUCAGUGCUAGAAAAUUCAAACCCAGUCCUCAUACUGCGUACAGUGGUUACUGUUGGCCCCAUUCCUGAAGAGAAGACAAACACUGAGAGAAUAAGUGAGUAACUUGAAAGUCACCCGCUGUUGUGAAGAGCAGGCAUCAGUGGAGCUAUUGUGAAAGACACCUGGGUCUGCCUGUGACUUCCUGGGUGUGUCAAGGCAACAUGAGGGGUUUGUACCAAAAUGAGGAGCUGAAUCUGUUACAGGACAGAGAGGGGGCACCCCAGACCCUGCAAACCUGCCUGCUGUAAAUAGGUUCUGCCAUCCACUUUGUCAACACAAAACCAUAUGAGACUUUAAUGAAAAGGAACUUUAAUACAAUUAGUAAACAAUGGAGGAAAGGCAAAGAAUAUAGUUUCUAAAUCAAGCACCCAAAGUUACCUGUCCCCUCGUGGGUAAAAGUCCACCCAAGCAGGAUUGGCCCAGAGCAAGGCCCCAAAGCCUGCCACAAGUCUAAAGCACCUUCCAGUGGGGACCCACAGAAAAGGGUCAGAAACAACCAGAGAAGUCUGGGAGGAAAAGAGCAAAAUCAAAAUCAAGACAAAAACCGCCAUUGUCACCCCCCCCAACGGGUCUCUCACCCACAUCUGUGUCACCCAGUCCAUGACCAAAAGGCAAGCUCAGUUUCUUCACAGGUCUCUCUGCUCCAUGUACCUCUUCCAGGUCUCCUGGCUCCAUCCUGCUUCCUUCCUUCCUCAGUCUCCUCUGCAGCUUCUCCUCUCCCUGCUCAGCUCCACCCUCCCCUGAGUGGGGCAGGAAACCUGGAACCUCCCCCUUUCCUGGGGACUACCCUGUUAUAAUUCCAUCAUUUCUUGAGGAAGAGUGUGCCCUGGCUGGGAAUUGGGGUGGUGGCGGUCUGCGCAGUUCACAACACACAUGUGCUGUGUGACCUCAGGCCAGCCACCAACCCUUUCUGGGCCUUUUUCUUCAUCUGUAGACUGCUGCAGUAGACUUAGUUCACCAGUGUGGCAUGGGACAAGUCUGGACCAGAAGGUGGUUGCCCAGGCCCUGACCCAAGCCCCACUGGUCCAAGAAUGGGGGUCUACCCUCUAGAACCCCCAGCAUCCGCUUUGCAUACAACUUGUACCUGGCAAAGGUCAACUCCUUCCCCCGCACCCACCCCCAGACUGGGCUGUGCCCUCGAGGCUGAAGCGCUGAGGCCCUAGAGCCCAUCUCUAGCUGUCCCUUCUCCAUCAGAGCACCUGCUCCAGGAACCCUUCCCUGAUCUGCUGCGGCACCACUAUCCGCCUGUACAAGCUCCACCCCCUCUCAGCUCUGGCACCUAAUCAUCGUCUGUUGGUGGGUCCUCGCAUUGUGCAAAGGUUCCCAGUGGCCCUGCUUCCAGCGGCCCUUCCUCUCUUUGAGUGGCCAACUCAGGGGCUCCUUAUCAAGCAUGUCCUGUGUGCCAGGCCUCAGCUGUCUCUGGCCACUUUCCUUGCAUUAGCUCUCUUUGGAGUUUCAAGACACUCUUAAGAGGUAUAAGAGUCCAGAUUUAUAGAAAUUCAAAUCAAACUUCGUCCAGUUGCCAGGGCCACCCAGCUCACAGCUCUGAAGUUGUCUGUGCACCCAAGUCACUAGGACCUUGUUAUAAUGCAGCUUCUAAUGGCACAAGGUAGGGUGGGGAGCUGAAGUCUGCAUUCCUACCAGGCCCCCUGGGCAAUGCGGCCAGUGCAGCCCCAGAGACCUGCACUUUGCAGGAGAAGCAAGGCCCUGAGUCACUGAGGAAGCCCGGACUCCUCUAGAGUCCCCAGGCUCACAGGCCUCAGUUUCCUCACCUAUCAGAUGGGAACUAGCCCUAGGCUGAUAGACACAGAAUGAGGACUGGAAGAUAUGGCACCUGAGAAGUGCCUGGCACACAAUAGGCACUCCAUAAAUGCUGGCUCUUCUCCCUCCAGAAGCUGGCGUGGGUCUGGGUACACAGCAGAUGCUCAAUACAGCCUUGUCUAAUGAAUUGAGCCUAGCAUUUCCCCCUGCAGCGGAGAAUAAACUGCAUUAUGUUUCCCCUUGACAUAGAGCCAAACCCAAUAUUAAUUUUUUUCUUGAACCACAGAGUUUCAAAAAAGAAAGAAAAGCGAGUAGAGCAAUCGCAGUCUGCAGCGAGGCUCUGUAAUUUCUGUAAUUACAGAACCGGAGCAAAACAAAGCAAGAGCAUGCACAGCGUCAUGGGAGCGGCGGGGGUGGGGGAUGCUGCUCCCAGCCCCUCAGCUCCCCCUUCUGCCUUCCAGGCUCUUCAUGUGCCCCACUGGCUCAGAGCAGGUUCUGGACGCAGACCGGGCCGGCCCCGCACAAUGGCAGCCCUGAAACUCUAGCUUUGGCCUUUUGGCCUCUUCCUAGGUCCCCCACCCCACGCAGCGGCUGGCCCUUCCCUCUGAUGCAGUUGGACAGAGGGGGAUUGUCCCGAGCGGCUGCCACAAGCUCCCCUCCCCCCAGCCCACCAUCUGCCCCAGGGCUGGGCUGCUCAUAGCCUAUCAGCCAUCGAUGGGGGGGCACCUCUUAAACAGAUCCCCACUGCCGCUCCCCACCACCUCUGCCCCAGCUGCCACCAUUCAAGUCACCGUCAUCUCUGCCUGGACUCCUAGCCUCUUAAUGAACCUCUCUGCUGCCACCCUUGCCCUCUGCAGCCUCUCUGGGCAGCCAUAGUGAGCCUGCAUUACAUGCAAAUCUAUCACCCGCCUCCCACACCCUCCGCUUCCUCCUGUGCCAUUUGGAAUAACAUCUGAACUCCUUUCCUGGGCUCUGAGACCUUGUGCGAUGGGCCCCUGCCUGCCCCUGACCGCGGCUCCUCCUCCCAUCCUGGACGUCAGCCACCCUGACCUCCAUGCUGUCUCUCAAAUAUGCCGAGCUCAUUCCUGCCGCAGGGCCUUUGAGCUUGCUGUUCUUCUGUCUGAAUACUGUAUCCCGGAGACUCACAUUUCUGGCUUCUAAUUCAAACUGAAAAAAUUGUUUGUUUAGGCCAAAUAAAACAAGCCCAAGGGCUAAUUUUGACCCAUUUUGCCACUUCUGAUCUAGAGCUCCCAAACUCUGUGUUUUCUUUCUGCUACAAAGCAUCUCCUCAUUCAGGGGUUGGCAGAGCUAUUCUUUCUGCAUGGUUUGGCCCCAUUUUUAUCGAUGGCUUUAGGACUUGGUCAAGAGCACACAUCGAGGAAGGAUGGGGCAUCCUGGGAACAUUUUCACCAUCUUACCUCAAGUCUUUUUCUUUAACUCCAUCCUUCCCAGAGCUUGCCUGAGUGUCUUCAUUGAAACUCAUCUGAUCAUGUUAUGACCCUUGUCCCAUCCCUAUAACUGACCCCAAGUUCCUUAAUCUGGGGGCCCUCACAAACUGACUUUCCUAGCUUCAAAUCUACCUACCUUUUUUUUUUAAGCCUCAUGAACACCUAUUCAACCUUCAAAACCCAGCUCAAAUGACCCCUCAACUGGGAUAACUUCUCUCGCUGAAACAAGUCAUUCCUUUAAGGCCUGCAAUGUCUUGUUCAUAUAUUCUGGCAGCACUGAUAAUGCCCAGUGAUAACCACUGGGUAUUGUGAUUAACUAUAGGCAUAGCUAUCUCUCUUUCUGACAAGGUUGUGACCUUGUCAAGGUCAGGGACUUUGCCUUUUUUUUUUAAGAUUUAUUUAUUUAUGCAUACAAGACCUGGGUAUAGGCCAGAGGUGUGUGUGGGGGGGUGAGAGAUUCACCAGAGACAGAGUGGGGAACAGAACAGGCAGAUUGACUGAAGUACACUGCUGAGGGGAGCAGCGGGGAGACAAGAGAGGUCUGCUCACCAUAUGUGUGUCAGCUCCCUGGUCAGGGAUCGAACUCGUGCUGCAGGGGCUGCUGAUAGCUUCAUAGUGCAGACACUUAACCCCUUGCACCACCAGGGAGGCCCCGACUUUGCCUUAUUAAUGUGCACACUGGGCCAUCAGCAAAUAUUUACGCAAUGGGAUCUUGCUGUCAGCACCUGCUCGUUCACUGAUUCAAACCCUGGUGCCCGGGGUGUAUUCAGAACACCAGACAUGCAGAAACAGCAUCUCCUUGUCAUUUGAGCGUGUAGCCUAUGCUCAGCAAAUGCUGACUGAGUAGAUGAAUGCGUGAACUGGUGAGUGGAAACAGGACUCACUGUGGCCUCACAAUUAUCAGUGCCCUGUGAAUGGUGCCUCAGUAGAACUCGGUGAAGGCUGACAUCUUCAGGACCUGGAGGAACCUACAGCCAUUCGGUCUGCAAGAUAUUGUCAUCUGGUGAGGAAGAACUGGAAGACUCUGGAAGAAGACCUUGGAAUAAUGCCUGAGGCGUGCCUCCCACCCCCUCUGCUCACUGGCACCCUCAGAAGGGGAUUAGAUGGUAGCCUUGCAGCUGUGAGCCCACAGCCUCCAGCUCCGACAGAGCCACCCAGAUGGUCCCCAAGCCGCAAGGCUCAGAAGCCUGUUUCAGAAAAGCGGAACUAACAACUGGCCAAAGGAUCCUUUUGCUUCAGAGAUCAUGAGAUUUCUAGAAAGACAGCUGAGUUCCCUGGCUGUGAACUUGCACGUGUCUGUGCUUUUCUUUGUGCUGCAGCUCAACCAGCUGGUGUCAGGAAUUCACAUUCCCCGAGUGCCCUUCUGAGCCAGCAUGAUAGUGCAGCUUCCAGAACCCUCCACAUCCACUGGAGGGCCAGGCUUUGCGCAGACAGGCUGCCUGGGUUCUGUGCUUCCCUUCUACUGGAUAUUUUGGAUUUCUGUUCCUUACCAGACCUUCUUCAUUGCAGACUAAUUCUUUAACCAGCCACACACAUGAAUGCACCCUCUCAGCUUCUGACCAGCCCAGGGUGAUCAGCUGAACCCCUCAGAGUUGUAAAAAGAGAGGACCCAAAGCGAAGAGACUUGACAUUUGUAUGAGCGAGCAUUCUCCCCGGUGAGUAGAAGGAUGACUUCCACUGGGCUUUUGAAAUAGCUGAAAGAUGCUGAAGAGCCUGAAAAACAAAGCCCUCGAUUGAUGUGAGCUGCUCUUCUUCUUAGUGUUAUCAUUUCUUGACCUUCUGGGAAGUUGAGAACACAGCUCAGAACCCACCAUCCGCACGGAUAGCAAUCGCAGUGAUAACACAGCUGAGGUUUCCGAAGCCUGUUAUGAGCCAGGCGCUCUGUUUCACGCUCUUUACAUUAUUUCAGCUCCUCUUUGCCACAUCCCUAAGAGGAAGGGGUACUGUCUCCCCAUUUUAUAGAUAAAAAUCAAAGAGGGGAAAUCACUCACCUAGGAAGUGUCAGGAACUGGGGCUGUCAGACUUAGCCGGGUGGCUGGCUGCCUCCCCACUCUGCAUCCUCAAGGAAGCAUCAGUCACGUUCAUCUGUGACUUUCUGUGCUGACCAUCAUCCACCCAUGUCUUUGGAAAGGAGGCGCCUUCCCUAGGGAAGUCACAGGCACUGGCUGAGCCAGGAUACACUUUCCUGUAGUCUGGGAUGGCAGCAUGUCUACCACGUGGGGGGGGGGGGGGCUCUACUCAUCCAUCUGAUCCCCCGUGUGGCAGGAGAGGGUGUGUCAUGGGGAAGAUGAUCAAAUAAACCCAUGAACUGGACUCUGCUUCCCCUCUUCCCUUCUCCCUCCCUGUCGACAUUGGAUGGUUUCUUCAAGAACACACCGGCCAAGUUUCACCCUAUGAACACGCUCCGUUGCCUGCCUACCUGCUGGGUGGUGGCAGGUGACUCGGUGCUCUGUCCCAUUGUAGAGCCCAGGAUUUCAGUUUGCCUGGAGUCUCAAGUGGAUCCAGAGCGGAGGCCAGUAGUGGUUGUCCCUCAGGCCCCUGGUCUUCCUGAGCACUUGGCCAAGUGGUGGACGAGACAAAGAGAGAUCCACACAGGAUUAUGCUGGGCUCCUCUGAGCCCGUGUAGCAAGAACGGGGAAUUUCUUUUACAACUAUGGGGAUGUUUUGUAAACUCCAAGAGCAGGGGCCAGUCUUAAGAAAACUUGGAAUGUAGAGUGUCUUCACGACUCUCCUUUUGAUCCCUAAUUUCCUUCCUUGACAGCCCAGCUCCCUGCUGCUCUAGGUAUAAGGUGGGCAGAAGAUGGCUGCCUGAGUGGCCCCAGGUUGCUGGAGAGAUGGCCUCUUUCCAGGCCAGACUCUCAGGGAAGGAGCUUUGACUGGUUGGCCUGGGUGAGGUGAUUGUCCUGCUCCCAGAUGACUGGAUUGUUUUGAACAAAUAUGGCGGCUGCAGCCCAGCAGGGUAGAUGGAAACAGUCACGUGUGUGUUUUGACAGGCUAGUGGUGACCCCCCAAAGGGGCCCCACUAUAGCUUUCCCCCCUUCCCUGUGGCUGCUCUCCAUGUAUGUCAAGACUCCCUGGGCAACCACAGACCCUGCUGUCUCUUGCCUCCUGCCAUUCCCGAUGAUGAAAGGUGGUCUCUCUGCCAGAGUCCAGAGUGCCCUCUGAUGGUGCCAUGCCCAGGCCAGGAUCCAGACGGGCAUCCGAGACAAGCCCCUGGGCCGGCCUUGGGAACGAGAAGCAGGGUUGGCAGUAAAGUUUGGAUUGUCCGAAGGUGGUCUGGUUCUCCAAGAACUCUCGGAAGAGACAAUGGUGUUUGGCUCUCACCGGGGUUGCAGAGGGCACCUCUCUGGAGCUGACCUCCCAGAACACCAUCAGGGUGACCCUGAGCCGCAAAGCUGCUGUCCACGUGGACAGGGGCCGACGUCGCACGCCCACCUGCCAGGACCCCUGCGUCCAAACUGCGAGACAUGGCGGCCAACGGCAGCAAGGUGGCUGAUGGGCAGAUCUCCACGGAGGUCAGCGAGGCCCCCGUGGCCAACGACAAGCCCAAAACCUUGGUGGUCAAGGUGCAGAAGAAGGCGGGCGACCUUCCGGACCGGGACACAUGGAAGGGCCGCUUCGACUUCCUCAUGUCCUGCGUGGGCUACGCCAUCGGCCUGGGCAACGUCUGGCGGUUCCCCUAUCUGUGCGGGAAGAACGGCGGUGGGGCCUUCCUGAUCCCCUACUUCCUGACGCUCAUCUUUGCGGGGGUCCCGCUGUUCCUGCUGGAGUGCUCCCUGGGCCAGUACACCUCCAUCGGGGGCCUCGGGGUGUGGAAGCUGGCCCCCAUGUUCAAGGGUGUGGGCCUCGCCGCGGCCGUGCUCUCCUUCUGGCUCAACAUCUACUACAUCGUCAUCAUCUCCUGGGCCAUCUACUACCUGUACAAUUCCUUCACCACGACACUGCCGUGGAAGCAGUGUGACAACCCCUGGAACACAGACCGCUGCUUCUCCAACUACAGCAUCGCCAACACCACCAACAUGACCAGCGCCGUGGUGGAGUUCUGGGAGCGGAACAUGCAUCAGAUGACAGAUGGACUGGAUAAGCCAGGUCAGAUCCGCUGGCCCCUGGCCAUCACCCUGGCCAUCGCCUGGGUCCUCGUGUACUUCUGUAUCUGGAAGGGUGUUGGCUGGACUGGAAAGGUGGUCUACUUCUCAGCCACAUAUCCCUACAUCAUGUUGAUCAUUCUGUUCUUCCGUGGAGUGACACUGCCCGGGGCCCGGGAGGGCAUCCUCUUCUACAUCACACCCAACUUUCGCAAGCUGUCUGACUCCGAGGUGUGGCUGGAUGCGGCUACCCAGAUAUUCUUCUCCUAUGGGCUGGGCCUGGGCUCCCUGAUUGCUCUGGGGAGCUACAACUCUUUCCACAACAACGUCUACAGGGAUUCCAUCAUUGUCUGCUGCAUCAACUCCUGCACCAGCAUGUUCGCGGGGUUUGUCAUCUUCUCCAUCGUGGGCUUCAUGGCCCAUGUCACCAAGCGGUCCAUUGCUGAUGUGGCAGCCUCAGGCCCUGGACUGGCCUUCUUGGCAUACCCAGAAGCUGUGACCCAGCUGCCCAUCUCUCCCCUCUGGGCCAUCCUCUUCUUCUCCAUGCUUCUGAUGCUGGGCAUUGACAGCCAGUUCUGCACUGUGGAGGGCUUCAUCACCGCCCUGGUGGACGAGUACCCCAGACUCCUCCGCAACCGCAGGGAGCUCUUCAUUGCUGCCGUCUGCAUCGUCUCCUACCUGAUUGGCCUGUCUAACAUCACCCAGGGGGGCAUUUAUGUCUUCAAGCUGUUUGAUUACUACUCUGCCAGUGGCAUGAGCCUGCUGUUCCUCGUGUUCUUUGAAUGUGUCUCCAUUUCCUGGUUUUACGGUGUUAACCGAUUCUAUGACAACAUCCAAGAGAUGGUUGGCUCCCGGCCCUGCAUCUGGUGGAAGCUCUGCUGGUCCUUCUUCACCCCAAUCAUUGUGGCGGGUGUGUUCAUUUUCAGCGCAGUGCAGAUGACUCCUCUCACCAUGGGGAGCUACGUUUUCCCCAAAUGGGGUCAGGGCGUGGGCUGGCUCAUGGCCCUGUCUUCCAUGGUCCUCAUCCCCGGGUACAUGGCCUACAUGUUCCUCACCUUAAAGGGCUCCCUGAAGCAGCGCAUCCAAGUCAUGAUCCAGCCCAGCGAAGACAUCGUGCGCCCCGAGAAUGGUCCGGAGCAGCCUCAGGCCAGCGGCUCAGCCAGCAAAGAGGCCUACAUCUAGGGGUGCGGGGCGGCUCGCCGACCCGACACUCUCACCCCCCACCUGGCUGAAGGCGACCACCACUUGAUGUCUGAAGAUACCAUCUGUCUCAACCUACCUCGAGUGGCGAGUCCAGACACCAUCACCACGCAGAGAGGGGAGGUGGGGGACAGUCACACCCCGGUGGGCCCCGCCGUGGGCAGGGAUGCACCUGUGGGCUGGUGACCUUUUUAAUCCAGGCCCCAUAGGCAUCAAGCAGUCGGCCUUGACUGCCAAGUAGAUCAUUUUAUCCUGCCAGUGAGCGUGGCACGGCCAGGCCGCACGCUCUGGCUUUUAGUCGUGUUCCCGACUGUUCUUUUACUGCCGAAACCCAUGACUGUUAUCUUGGACUUUGCAGGAGUUCAGUUCCGACGGAACCUGCUCUGUACACAUGAAAAGGGCGUUUUGUAUAAUGGGAUUUCCAGGGGGAGCUUUCUCUCCAGCAGGGGGGGGGGGGCCAGCGGAGCUCUGACUUUCUUUUUAUGGUUUUCUCCUUCCCGAGGCAGCUUGACAAAACCACCCCCCAGACCUCAGUCAGUCCCCCAGGGCUGCUGCUCCAGUCCUCUGCACCCCACUGGGCUGCGUGAGCGGCUCUGUGGCUGGGCUGCUCCCACCUUGCCAGGCGGUUCUGAGGCACCUGGCCUGGCAGUGGACCUUUCCAGCAGGCCCCCGCCGUUGGAAAGCUGCCACGAGCACAAUCGAGUGUUUAGAUUGCCAUUCUGGGGGCCUGGGGUCCCACUGGGGAAAUUUCCUCAAUGGGAGCCCUAGUAUCUCACAGGCUGUCCAGUUCUGUUGGAGUCAAAAGAGGGACCGGACUCUCUCUUCUCCCUCACUGCCGCCCCUGGUCUAAGCUGCCACUUCUCACCUCGAAAUUCCUCAGCUGGCGUCUGCUCGCUCACUGCCACUGAAAUCUACCCAGCCUACUCACUGAGGCGCGAGUGUUAAUCCCCCAAAGUGCUGCUGAGAUGAAACCCCUUCAGCGGGAAGUACUAUUUGUUCCUUUCUGGAAUCAAGCUCCGUGGUGGUGGUGGCAAAGUGGGUGAAGGCCGUUCCUUGCAAGCUCCAGUAACUCAGCGUUUCUCAUUUGCCGGGAAGAUGGGUUCCCAUGUAGCAAACCCUAUGUUUUCCCCUGUAGCUCCUUAGCUAGUUAGCUCACAAACUGUGUUUUAUGACUAAUCCUAAAUAACUAUGGUAAAUAACUGUGACUGUGGGUUUUUUAAUCUCUUGUCAUUCUCAUCCGAAAGUGACCAGCACACACCAGUUCUUGCAAUAAAGUAUCACCCUCAGAAUAUUAAGCACAUUAUCGUAGAGAGAGAAAAAAACACAAAGUACGUGUACCCACAUAGCUGCACACACCCGUACCUUCAUCCUCACGCGUGGUAGACGGGGUCUCAUCUGCUAUUGUGUAGGAAACCUGAGACCUUCUCCUGAGGUCAUCUGUAAAAUAGUCUCAUUGCUAAGGCAUCCCCAGUGCCAGCUGGUAAAUCCAUGAUCACACAGCGUAUGUAUUGUUCAGUUCUAGGGUUUAGAAUGAAAAGAACCCUUCACUGUGUCUCACAGCCCCACCCCCAUCCUGUGUGAAUUCCUCUAGAAUAAGGGCAGGAAGACUUCUAACUUUUCUCUUUGUUCUUCAAUGUGAAACUAAGACCGAGUCUCUCUCAGACAAAUGCAGUGUAUUUGAUGUUUGUAAGCGAAUCUAAGUGAGAUGUUUGGCAAGAAAUCCCUUCACUGAUUUCCAUCCAAACCUACUUAUAUAGCACAAUAUGAUGUGAUGUACAAUUACUGUGAGAACUGUGAAUACGUGUAACUUUUUUUAGUAUUUGCCCUGGGGGAGGGGAAAGAUAUUGUAUUAUCAUAUAUGCUUUUUUUUUUUUGCAAUAAGGGUUUAUUCUCAGAACACCAAGUAAAUCUAUCUCUAUAUUAAAAGAUAUAUGUAAUAUAUACAUAUUCAAACUAUAUACAGAGCCUGUUUUAAAAAGAAAAUUACAGUAUUAUUUAGUAAAACUAUCUGUUCUAUGGACCAAAUGUAAAAUAUUUAUAAAUGAAGAUGCAUUUUAAAUGUCUAUAAAUGGUGUCAUGACUACAGCACGGGCGUUAUGUAUGUUUCUAAGGAUCUAGAGGAAAAAUAAUAAAGGUUCUAUGAGAUACAGCGGCAAGCCCUCCUUCUUUGGGGCGGGGACACAAUGGCCCUUUUCAUCAGCACAACACACAUACACAGGCCUAUUUUCCCCCACAGAGAGGGAGGCCUGGGCUCAAAAUCCAGUGAG